GGCAGAUUAGGAGGCGGGGGCAUGAGUCAGGGGUUUGGAGCUGCCCCCGGGGUGCCGGAGCAGGCCUGUGCUGUUAGAGCAGCUGGGAACUCCGCUGGUCGCAGAGGGCACCGGGAGCUACAGGACUUCGCUGAGGGACCCCAAGGCUCCUGAGCAGGGACCCGAGGUACGGGUUAUGCUGGGGGCUUGGAUCACCGUGGACAACAGGACACUCAGGACAGAGCCAUGGGGGACAUACAGGAUGACUUUGAGGAAGUGCUGGAAAUCCCAGAGCAGGAGGACAGUGAAAAAGUACUAGAGAAGAUUCUAGAGCAAGAGCAAUAUGAAGACCUGGACAUUUCCGUGCUCCAAGUGGAGGAGCCCCAAGCUCUUUCCACCGAGCCAACAGACACAGACUACACCCCUGCCACCCCUGCCACUCCUGCCACAACGCACCCAAGUGAUCUUGAGGCCUACGUGGAGUUGCAGGAGCUGGUGAUGGACCAGAAGAACCAGGAGCUGCAGUGGGUGGAAGCAGCACACUGGGUGGGGCUGGAGGAGAACCGUGGGGAAGACGGGGCCUGGGGCCGCCCGCACCUGCCCUACCUCACUUUCUGGAGCCUCCUGGAACUACAGAGGGCCUUUGCCAAGGGCACCGUCCUCCUGGACCUGCGGGAGUCUUCCUUGGCUGGAGUGGCUAACCAGCUGCUGGAUAGCUUCAUCUAUGAGGAUCAAAUUCGGCCUCAAGACCGAGAGCAGCUGUUCCGGGCCCUGCUGCUCAAACGCAGCCAUGCUCAAGACCUGAAGAUGCUGGAGGGGGUGAAGCCCGCUGUCCUGACGCGCUCUGGGGACCCUUAUCAGCCUCUGCUCCCCCAACAGCCAUCACUGGAGACAAAGCUCUUCUGUGAGCAGGGAAAGGGGGACCCAGAAGGGCACUCACCAUCUGGAAUUCUGGGAAAGAUUCCUCCAAAUUCAGAGACUACCCUGGUGCUUGUGGGCCGCGCUGCCUUUUUGGAGCAGCCAGUACUGGGCUUCGUGCGUCUGGAGGAGGCAAGAGAGUUGGAGGAUCUGGAGCUGCCUCAGCCUGUGCGUUUCUUCUUUGUGUUACUGGGACCUGAGGCCCCCCACACUGACUAUAUCCAGCUAGGCCGGGCUGCUGCCACACUCAUGACAGAAAGGGUGUUCCGCACAAAUGCUUACCUAGCCCAGAGCCGGAGGGAGCUGGUACACCACCUGGAAGGCUUUCUGGACUGCAGCUUGGUGCUGCCUCCCACAGAUGCCCCCUCUGAGCAGGCCCUACUCAGUCUGGUGCCCGUGCAGAAGGAGCUGCUGAGGAGGCACUACCUGCCCAGCCCUGCCAAGCCAGACCCCAGUUUCUACAAGGGCCUAGACUUGAAUGGGGGCCCAGGGGUCCCUGGGGGCCCAGAUGACCCUCUGCAGCGGACAGGUCUGCUCUUUGGAGGCCUGGUGCGUGACAUCCGGCGCCGCUACCCCUACUAUCUAAGUGACAUCACGGAUGCACUCAGCCCCCAGGUCCUGGCUGCUGUCAUCUUCAUCUACUUUGCUGCCCUGUCACCUGCCAUCACCUUCGGAGGCCUCCUGGGAGAGAAGACCCGGAACCAGAUGGGGGUAUCGGAAUUGCUCAUCUCCACUGCCGUACAGGGCAUUCUCUUUGCCCUCCUGGCUGCUCAGCCUCUGCUUGUGGUUGGCUUCUCAGGACCCCUGCUGGUGUUUGAGGAGGCCUUCUACUCGUUCUGUGAGAGCAACAACCUGGAGUAUAUCGUGGGUCGUGCAUGGAUCGGCUUCUGGCUCAUCCUGCUGGUGGUGCUGGUGGUGGCCUUUGAGGGCAGCUUCCUGGUCCGCUACAUAUCCCGCUACACUCAGGAGAUCUUCUCCUUCCUCAUCUCCCUCAUCUUCAUCUUUGAGACUUUCUCCAAGCUGAUCAAGAUCUUCCAAGACUACCCUCUGCAGGAGAGCUAUGCCCCCGUUGUGAUGAAGCCAAAACCUCAGGGCCCUUUGCCCAAUACAGCCCUCUUCUCCCUUGUGCUCAUGGCUGGUACCUUCUUAUCUGCCAUGAUGCUACGCAAGUUCAAGAACAGCUCCUACUUCCCUGGCAAGUUGCGUCGAGUCAUUGGGGACUUUGGGGUCCCCAUCUCCAUCCUGAUCAUGGUCCUGGUAGAUUCCUUCGUCAAGGAUACCUACACGCAGAAACUCUCAGUGCCUGAUGGCCUCAAGGUGUCCAACUCCUCAGCUCGGGGCUGGGUCAUCCAUCCGCUGGGCUUAUACAGUCACUUCCCCAUCUGGAUGAUGUUUGCCUCAGCCCUGCCUGCCCUACUGGUCUUCAUCCUCAUAUUUCUUGAAUCUCAGAUCACCACGCUGAUUGUCAGCAAACCUGAGCGCAAGAUGGUGAAAGGCUCCGGAUUCCACCUGGACCUGCUGCUGGUCGUGGGCAUGGGCGGGGUGGCUGCCCUCUUUGGGAUGCCCUGGCUCAGCGCCACCACUGUGCGUUCUGUCACCCACGCCAAUGCCCUCACAGUCAUGGGCAAGGCUAGUGCCCCGGGGGCUGCAGCCCAGAUUCAGGAGGUCAAGGAGCAGCGGGUCAGCGGGCUCCUAGUCUCUGUGCUUGUGGGCCUCUCCAUCCUCAUGGAGCCCAUCCUGUCCCGCAUCCCUCUGGCUGUGCUGUUUGGCAUCUUCCUCUACAUGGGGAUCACAUCCCUCAGUGGCAUUCAGCUCUUUGACCGCAUCUUGCUCCUAUCCAAGCCAUCCAAGUACCACCCGGACGUGCCCUAUGUCAAGCGGGUGAGGACCUGGCGCAUGCACCUGUUCACAGUCAUCCAGAUCAUCUGCCUGGUAUUGCUGUGGGUGGUGAAGUCCACACCUGCCUCCCUGGCCCUGCCUUUUGUCCUCAUCCUCACUGUGCCCCUGCGACGCCUCCUGCUGCCCCUCAUCUUCAGCAAGCUGGAGCUCCAGUGUCUGGAUGCAGAUGAUGCCAAGCCGACCUUUGACGAGGAGGAAGGUCGGGAUGAAUAUGAUGAAGUGCCCAUGCCUGUCUGAUGGGCAAACCCAAGCCCCCGAAACCUUCCCAGGAAAAGCAGAAAUUCAUAGGCAUCUCAUGAACUCCCCAAGGCUGUGGGUGGGGAAGGAAAGAGUGUCUAGGAAAUCUUCCACACAAGGUGCACUGGCUUUUCUGGCUGGAGAUGGCCACGGGGUCACAUCCUGGGAUUUGGCCCACAGUCCCUCAUAUGGCCACACUGCUGCAAGGGGACCCCAUGCCCAAAGACAGCUAUCGGCCUUGUCUCUUAAUGGCACAGGUGUGGCAGUACCAGAGGUGGGGGGUUGGAGAAUGUUCAAAUUCCUGCUGGCUGUGUGACCUUGGGCAAGUCCUUUGACCUCUCCAGCUUCUGCUUCCCCUUCUGCAAAAUGAGUACAUUGAUAAUAACAUCCAUGGUACAGGAAAGUCUCCCAGGACCAAAGGUAAAUGUGAAAAAGUGCUUUGUGAUCUCUGAAAGGACUGUCCUAUAGUAGUCAUCUUUCUCCUUCAGGCCUGCCCAAGGCCAACAGCCAGAAUUUGAACCAGGCCUUCUGAUUUGGAGGGCACAGCUCUGUCCUCUGUCCAUCACCUGCAUUCCUUUCUCAGAAGUGCCCCUGCUGACCCCUCCCUUGCCUCUCUGUCCCAACCCCAUGCUGAGACCCUCUCCUCUGUGACCAGAGAGGUGUCCUGUCUAGGACAAGUUACAGGUGAGGCUACAGAUGAGGGAGUGGGGCUCAGGACUCCUAAGUAGCUGCUCCCUGCUGCCAAGCACUCAUUCAUUCACUCACUCACUCCACAGCCAUCUUCUGAGGGCCUGGGACCCUGGGGACACAGAGGGAACUGAAACGAGACCCAGCUUUGGGGUGGAGGCGGGGGCAAUGCCCACUCUGUUCUGGGGA